AUGUGGGCCGCCAUUGUGGGCCAUUCCGAGGUCGCCCAGCUGCUGAUCCAGGCCACCUGCGACAUCUACGCGCGCGACGAGAAGGGCAUGACCGCCCUGAUGUGGGCAGCCAAACAUGGCCAUCAGGGUGUUGCCAAGCAGUUGCUCACAGCAGUGGCGGACGAGUGCAACGCAAUGUUGCAAACCGAUCUUCGAAGCGCCAGUGGUAUGAUGAGCCGGCUUGACUUCAAGCAUGCGCUGGAGAACAAGGCAAGCAAAGCUAUUCCUUGUGUCAUCCACCAAACCUCCAAGACGCAUACCCUCAAGGAGCAAGAAGCGAAGUGGGCACAAACUUGGAAAGACAAGAAUCCGAAGUGCCAGUACAAACUUUGGAAUGACACUGAGAUUGCAGAGUUGGCACAGAAGGCUUCGCCCAAGGUCAUUUGGCCCAUCUGGGACGGGUUGCAACCCGUUCAGCGCGCCGAUGUCUUCCGCUACCUCGUCCUGUGGGACCAGGGUGGCUACUGUGCCGAUGUGGAUGUUGCAUGUAACAAGCCAAUCGAUCAGUACAAGCUCCCAGAGACAACCAACAUGAUCGUUGGCUAUGAAUUUGGUCAUCGCUUCCCUGAAUGGCAGCGAGCUCAGAUCAAGUUUGCCCGCACCGAGCAGUUUCAGCAAUGGUUCAUUGCAUCGGCUCCCGGCAAUCCGGUGCUCCUUCGCUGUUUGGAGUUGAUCCGGCAACGCUACACCUGGAAGAUCGAGAGCACUUUGGAGUUGACGGGCCCCGGCGUCUUCAGCGACGCGGUCCACGAGUUUCUGGAAAUGAAAAGCCCUCACGCAGUGGAGAACGAAGUCGAGAUCCGACGUCACCCCCCAGAGGCGCACUUCUUGUCCUAUCCCAGUGAGAGUCUCUUUGGCUACGGCGAGUGGAAGAUGUGGGUCUUCGCCGCCGGCCGUGUGAACGCGGCGCCAAUGAUCAGGGCCGACGAUCCCACAGAGGGUCCGGAGAACAUGGUGGAGCACCACUUUGCAGGCUCCUGGAAGAAAGACAAGGAUAUGGAAGAUUCCCAGAAACGUCGCGAAGCCGAAGCUGCCAAGGCGACAUAG